GUUAUUUUGGUUAGUAUGGUCUAGAACUCGCUACAAAGCAAGUCGCAAUAAUAAUUGAGGUGUACAAGUUUAAUUAAUUUCAAAAACGAUGAUUAUCAAAAAUUUUAAACUAUUUGCCAUUUGUGUACUAUGCCUUCAUGUAUAUGUGCAAGCACGUUCGAUAUCUGUCUAUAAUAUGGGAGAUGUUUAUAUUGCUAGAUCCGAGGACAAAUGGGCAUGUGAUAGAAUCGAAUGUCCCCUGGAUGCUUUCCGUUGUUUCGUUUCGAAAUCAAAUGAAGAGAAUCCCUCUAUUUUAAAACGUGUCAAUACUUGUUAUACCAAGGACAAUCAGGUACUGGUUACGGAAGAAUUUGAAGCACCCGCUGAUCCUACAUCCCGUAUUCGAGAACAAGUUACUUUUACACGUAAUGGUGAUGCAAUAUCUGCUUCUAGUGGCUUAGAAAAUUACGAUGACGAAAAAUUUAAGGCUGAAAUGAAGGAAAAAAUGGAUAAGAUGCAAGCCGAAAUGGAUGCCAAAAUGAAGGAGUUACACGAUAAACUACAACAAAUGAAUGAAAACAUUAAUAAAAAAAUUCACAAUCAAAUGAAAAAUUUGGAUCAUAAUCUAAGUCAAAUGGAAUAUAAUUUGGCUCAUAUGUUUGAUUAAUCAAAUGUUAUUAUUUUCACAUUAAUUAUUUAGAAAAAUUAUGAACAUUUAUUACAAACGAAGGAUUAGUUUGUAUUUUUAUAAAGUUUUGAUACAAACUUAUUCUUCAUUAUGAUGGAAAAUCUGUUUAAAUUUUUGUUGAAAUUCUAUAAAAAUAAAAUUUAUUGUUUAAAUCAUUAUAA